AUGGGCAGCCUUCUGUCCACCUCACAGCCUGAUCCAGGUCCGAAGUCCGAAGCGCAAUUCGCGAUGGAGUCGUCUUGUUUCUGCGUCAUCUGCGGUUCGCCAUUUAGCCCUGAGGGUGAAGUGUACAACCUGGAUGUGAGGGCGGCUCGCUAUAAGUGGAUGCGGAACCACCGCUUGCUUGGUAGCAGGCAAGAUGUUCACCAUCACAAUCUUGCAGGCCUGUCAGCAGAAGAGUUCCAUUCUGCUUGCUACAAUGCAUCGGACAGUGCCGACGUCUUUCUCUCUGCAGCUACCACCUGGAACGCGACAAAUGACCAGCUUUUCCACAUUGACGAGUAUCUUUUAGGCACAGAUGUUCCAGGCAGAAUCACCUUCAAUGCUAUGCAGCAAAUUGGCAACUACGACACGGUGUUUCCUUUGCAUGAGAACUGUUUACAGAUCAGCCGCCGAGUAAUUGAUCAAUUCAAGCCAAUGAUAGAGAGCGAUGAUGGCCUUUCAAGCCUUUCAACCUUGAACAAAAUGCUACAAUCACGGUAUCGACAAAACGCAAGGUGUACAAAUGAUAAUAGCAUAGUUGCAAAAAACGACCUAUUUGAUUUGUGCACCGCAACAGGCACCCACGGGCCUCGAAGUGUGGUAGGAUUGUCUCUUUUAGAAUGGUGGGAAGGUGCAUACGAAAAAUUUUACACAGAUCCGAUCAAUAUACCAACCCUCACAGUUCAUGUCUUUGGCCUGCUUCAGGACACUAGCGGCUCUGCGCCUUGUCCAUAUCCUUUCUCACUGCCGUGCCAGGGGUCGUGUGGAAUUGAUCAGCUUCCGGUUGAGCUGAUAGAUCAGAUCAGUAUUUAUCUGCCUGCCCAUUCAGCUCUUGCUUUGCACCAGACGUCAAAAACGCUGGCUUCCAAGUUGAUCCUUGACAACAAUUUUUGGCGAAGAAGUAUCAUGAGCGGAACAGCUCUGCCGUAUCUAUGGGAUCUCAACACAAACGAGCUCGAGAAGCUGCACCGGGAGCGUAUAGGAAAAUCAUCAAGGCCGGAUGCCACGUGGGACUGGAAAGCAAUUGGACAGCUAUUAGCGACGAAGUACUUCGCGCUCAAUUCUUCCGACCCACGGACCUCGAGUCUACCCAACGGCCUCUGGAAUCGACGCAGGAUAUGGAGUAUCGUCGAAGAGGCCUACAGGCAUGACUAUCCUAACAAAUUGGACGGUGACCAAAUCAACAGUGUCGUUGGCGAGCGUAAGCGCUGCGAGCCGGUCUUGGACUGGCAAUUGGAAGAGAUCAUGGAUGAUCUUGGACAUUACUCAUGA